AUGGCUACUAUAAACAGAUAUAUUCCCAAUGCAAAAACCAGACACCAUAUUCUAUUAGACAAACAAAUUUUGAUACUGAUGAGUAAUAAAUUAGAAGAUAUAUACAAAGUAUACAACUCUUUGACUAGAGAGUACACCUGA